AUGCCGCUUCAGUGGCUCCGCGGCCGCUUUGCCUACACGCCGCUUCAAACCGACGAUGCGGCCUUCUCGGGUUCUUUACCAUGGAAGGGCAGGCCUUCCCCUACAAUCUUUACUCUGAGACAGCUCAAGUUGGCUGCGUUCACUAUUCUGGGGCUGUUGUUGCUAUCGGGCGUUGGAGUCUACAACCGUGAUCAGAUUGAAGCCAUCCGAGCAGCUUACUCAACUUCUCAACACGACGAGUCACCUGACGUCAAGUCUGUAGACUGGUCUCGGUUUGCGUACGUCCAGUAUGUCACUAAUAAAGACUAUCUCUGUAACUCGGUCAUGUUUUUUGAGAGGCUGAAAGAACUUGAGAGUAAAGCGGACCGAGUUCUGAUGUACCCCUCCGUCAUGCUCGCUGAUCCUCAUGAGAAGGAACAUGAAGAUUCAUCAGAUGAUGCCAAACUCCUCAUCCUUGCUCGGGAGAAGUACAACGUAAAGCUUGAUCCAAUAUCAGUUCAACAUCGAACAGGCUCAGAUCCAACCUGGGCGGAUUCUUUCACAAAACUUCUCGCCUUUAACCAGACGAAAUACGACCGCGUACUUUCAAUCGACUCGGACUCAACUCUCCUACAACACAUGGACGAGCUCUUCUCUCUUCCGCCAACCACAGUCGCCAUGCCACUGGAAUUCACCCGCAUUGCAUCCAAGAUCAAUAAUGCCGGAAGAAACGAUUACGACAUGGAGCUCGUCAACGAGUUAUACCAGGAUAGCGCCAUGGUCCUACCGCACCGGCCUUACGAUCUUUUAACGGGGGAGUUUAGCAAAGACAACCAUCAAUGGUACCUUGGUAGCGACGAAGAAGCCUGGGACCCAGUCGCCGCCUACAACGAGGCAAAGUUGCUGCAUUUUUCGGACUGGCCUUUGCCUAAACCCUGGUUGGACGCCCCCGAAAACUUGGUCCGGGAGAGAGAGCCUAAGUGUGUGGCCAUGAUGGAUGGACUUGGAAGUUGUGCCGCGAGAGAUAUCUGGCGUGGGAUCUACGAAGAGUUUAGGGAACGCAGGAAACGAGUCUGUGACACGAGUCCCCCGGAAACACUAGAGAAUGGCCGCAGACGCCGCUAG